AUGGUGCAGAUAGAAUGCGGUGGGAUCGCUCGACUGGUUUCUAACUCAAUGUCGUUUGGAAUGCAGCGGCGGUGGUGCGGGGGGCGGGGUGUCCGGUGCAUCGCACGGUGUUGUCGCAAGUGGCCGCCGCACUUGUCGGCGCGUUUGACUGCCGGAGAUAUUCGGCACGGUAACGGGCCGCGGCCUUCCUGGAAUCGGUUACCUGUUGCAUUCCUCCGCCGGCCGUCGAGCCGAGCCGCCGCACCACUCCGCACACCACCGCACCGCGCUCUUGUGCAUCUCGCUUGCAGCGAUAGGCCCAAACUUACC